CAAUCCGCGCUCCACCCCGAAAGCGUCAUGAAGCACCUUGACCAUGGGGGCGAAGCAGUUGGUAGUACAAGACGCAUUGGAUAUGAUGCGAUGUUCGUCGCCCUUGUAAACCUCGUCGUUCACGCCCAAAACGAUCGUAGCGUCGGCUCCCCGGGCUGGCGCCGAGAUGAUCACUUUGCCAGCGCCGCCGCUGUCAAUGUGCGCCGCGGCUUUCGCUGCGUCGGUAAACCGUCCCGUGCAUUCCACCACGAUCCACGCCCAUCUCGGACCACGGAAUAUUAGCCGGUUCGGAUUCCUGAAACAUGCGGAUGGUCUUGCCGUCGAUAACGAGAUCCCCGGUCUCCGAACCAACCGUGCCGGCAUAGGGCCCGUAUGUACUGUCGUUUCACCGGUGGUCAAGCCGUCGACCGUCUCGGUCCCUACCAUUCACGGCGACCAGGUCGAGCCGGUUGUGAUACGUGGGAGAGAGCGCCGCACGGGCUACCAACCGCCCAAUACGACCGAAGCCAUUGAUACCAAUACGCGUCACCAUCUCGGUGUGCCUCCCGUCAAUCGUGUUUAGUGUGACAGGUGAAACGGCGCGAUAUUCGCACAGCCUGUUUGUCUUGCGAGUCGAU